AUGGAGGAGGAUACACGAAGCUUGACAAUUGUCGUCACGCAUACAGUUUUUUGCAGCCUUUCGACACUUUUGGCACUAGCUGGAAACUUGCUCGUUUUUCUCGCUCUCUACAGAAACAGGAGAUUACGAACUAUUACUAACCUUUACGUGAUGUCUCUGGCAGUGGCUGAUGUGAUUGCAGCGACCUUUCUUUCUCCUUUUAGAGCAAUCGCCUCUGGCUCACGUAGGUGGCCAUUCGGUUACAAUUUUGCCCAGUUUUCAGGUUUCAUUCGACUCGUCUGGGUUGGGGUGUCAGUUUGUUCCCAUGUGCUAACAGCUGUAAAUCGAUAUUUUUGUGUUGUAAAGCCACAAAGGUACUCCAUCUUCUUCAGUAGAAAGAAAGCGAUUCUAUCAAUUAUUUUAGUUUGGCUAGUAAUGUGUGUUAUUUCAUUAACCGGUGCUCUUGGCUUACAAUUUAUUUACCUGUGGAAUCCAAACAGCAUCAGCCUAAACGGCAUUUUAAAAAGUGAUAAAAAGAUUGGAAAGACUGUUAAUAUCGUUUUCUUAUGCUUCGGCUCGCUAUCAAUUUCGAUGGUAGUAUAUGGUUAUGGAGGCGUCUAUCGAGUCAUACUACAACACAAUAAUGCUGUCGCCCCUUCUCUUCAAGGAGCCAGUAACUCAGGUGCAGUGUCGGCACAGGAAAUAAAAUCCUGUCGAGUUCUGUUUGCCACCGUGUUUGGAUUCUGCACCACCUGGUUUCCUUGGAUUCCUUUGAUAAUUUUAGAACGUGGUUUUAACAUUUCCAUUCCAUCCGUUGCUUUAUCGAUUCCAGCGUUGUCAACUUCCAUCUCUACGUGGAUCAAUCCGGUGAUCUAUGGUGUGAUGAAUCGAGCAAUGCGAAAGGAGUUUCAAAACAUACUUCUAUGUCGGAAUUGA